AUGCAGAAUAGAUACUCGUCCUACUGUUAUAAUCAAAUAGUAUAUUUUUAUUGCGUGUAUAUUCGGAAAUUCCGUGGUAAUUUUCAAAAGUUUUUGGAGAGUAUGGAAAUUUCUGAAACCACCAGAGGAGGGAAAAUUUUAUUCGAUGCAAAUGACCCUAGCCAGUUAUAUGGUUUGCGUUGUGCUGAAAGACUGUUCAUAGCAGUAGCUUAUGAAUUGGUCGACCGCUGCAUGAACAAACGACAGCUAUUUGACAAGCUCUUUAGUACAUUGGAUUCCAUACCUGCAUUGGUAUCAAUGUUUCAAGAAGCAAUCACUUGUUUACACCGUGAGCAAUCUGUAAACAGUGUUUGUAGAUGUUUUCGAGUUUCACUAAAGACGACUGGGAAAUGGCGUUUUAGGAUUAAUAAUGAGAGAUUGUCAGCAAGUUUGGCUCGUCGCGUCAAACAAAUCACUGGUUUUAAUACUUCGCUACGAUCUGCUGCACUAGAAGUUUGCAUUCAUAUAUCUGAAGAAUCAAUUUUCAUUGGCAUACCGAUUACUCGAGAGCCUUUAUCUAAACGGCCUUAUUUAUUCAACAAUUCAUUACGAUCAACUGUAGCUGAUGCAUUGUUAUCCUUAGCGAACAUUCAAGAUGGUGACAUUGUUGCUGACUUCACUUGUGGUUCGUCUUCUAUUUUAUUGCAAGCUGCUCACGAUUUUCGGCAGAAAAUCUUCCUGUUGGGCUUCGAUUGCUCUUGGGAUGCUUUGGAAUUGUCCUCUAAAAAUAUUAACUAUCUGCGGCAAAGUGAUAAGACGGAACCAGUAAUCAAUUUGCUUGCUAAUAAUAUAUUCAAUGAUAGUUUCAAAUAUGAAGUGGUAGAUCACAUCAUAUCAGAUCUUCCGUUUGGUCAGAUGUAUGGAACUGAAGAAAGUGCAAUAAAAAUACUACAAAGAGUUUGUGACAUUUUCUCAAACUGUGCUAUUGGCAUUGAUCGUAGUAACUGUUGUUGCAAUUCGACAGCAAUUCUGUUGAUCUCAGCAGCACAUUUAGCACUGCUAGACAAAAUGUUGAAAGCACCGGUACGUCUUCAACGGUAUUAUCCAAUUUCACUUGGUAUUACUGAUGCAGUAAUCGUUCUUCUCACUACUGAUACAGCUUCUUCUUCUGCUAAUCACAAUUAG